UUUUUUUUUUUUAUUCGUUGUAAUUAUAAAAUGGGACAAUCUGGCUCGCAGCUUGAAGACAUGGUUAAUUCUUCCAACUUUUCUGCAGAAGAGAUUCAACGUCUUUAUAAGCGUUUCAUGAAGUUGGAUAAAGACAACUCGGGGUCUAUCUCCAAGGAAGAAUUCUUGUCUAUUCCUCAAAUAGCUAAUAAUCCUUUAGCUUCACGUAUGAUUGCUAUUUUCGAUGAAGAUGGAGGAGGAGAUGUUGAUUUCCAUGAGUUUAUUAAAGGUCUUAGUGCCUUUAGUGAGCGUGGUAAUAAAAGAGAGAAACUUGAAUUCGCGUUUAAAGUAUACGAUAUGGAUAGAGAUGGAUUUAUUUCAAACGGUGAAUUGUUCCUUGUGCUUAAGAUGAUGGUCGGCAGUAAUUUAAAGGAUAACCAGUUACAACAAAUUGUCGAUAAAACAAUCAUGGAAGCCGAUAAAGAUGGAGAUGGAAAGAUCAGUUUUGAAGAGUUUUUGGUCAUGGUUGAAAAUACAGAUGUCGCUAAACAAAUGACGCUUGAAAGCUUUUAAUUUUUUUUUUAAAUAACCACUGUAAUAUAUUCCACAUAAAAAAAAAAAAAAAAAAAAAAAAAAAAAAAAA